AUGCAACUCCGAAGAACCCUUUCCCCCAUUCGUCACUCCCAAAUUUCAUAAUUUUCUGUGACGCCAACAAACCCUAAAAAAGGUGGUUAAUUUUGUUGGGGUUAUCCGAAAAGGGUGUUGCAUAUGAGCUGAGACAAUGAUCAUAACCAAACAGUACCGGUGCAUACACUCUGCUAGCUGUGUAUGCACAAAAGGGCAUUUAAGUGAAGAUGUUAUCUUCCUACUUCUUCAACAUUUGAACUGGAAUCCCAAAAUAAUCGCGAUACUUUCUUGUGUAUGCAAAUGGUUCGAUGAUCUUGUGAAAAGAGUUCUCUGGAAGGAGUUUUGUCGAACACGAGCCCCAAAAAUGAUGCAUGAUCUUCAAUCUAGUGGCAGCCACAGUGUCGACGGAAACUGGAGUGCACUCGGGAAGCUUCUUAUAUAUUGUUCAGGAUGCAAAAAGGAUGGGUUGUUUAAUAAAAUUCACAUUCCUGGCCACUUUGCUUAUAGAACUCGGUUCUCCAGGACUUCUGGCAAAAGCUUUCUUCUGCCAAAUUGUAGAACCGAUGUUCUGUAUGUAUCAGACCCGUGUGAGCAUUUGGACCAAGGAGAAGAAGGGGAUGUGGGUUUCUUUCGAGGGGUAUUUAAGUCAUUUGCUACAUCAAAAGUGCGUAAGAUGCUUAUCAGAAGGGGUGCAAAGUUCCACCCCACGGAGUUUUGCCCGUAUUGCAAGCAGAAGCUGUGGAGCAUGUUACAAGCUAAGAUGAUCCCGCAAAGUGCCAGCUGUAGGUUGGGUGCGUAUGAAGAUUGCAUCGAGUAUUAUGUAUGCCUGAAUGGACAUGUUCUUGGCGUUUGUACCCUCUUGCCAUUGUCUGAUUCAGAAGAGGUGUCUGAAUUGGAUUGAUCUGACAUCCUAACGGUUCAUUCAGGUAUUUGAUUGUGGACUACCUGUUUGGUAAGGAUCAUAAGAUGGCAUUGCAUUGCAUGCAAUCGGCUGUGUUUUUUUCAACUUGUUAUUCAGUCCAAGCCGCGAUCGUUUAUUGUUAUAUGUUGUUUGUAGCAAUACAACUGUUUUCUCGAACUUAUGGUAGUAGAUGGAUCCGAAAAGAUGUUGGUAUAAAAAGGUUGAUGAUGGCUGUGUGCUCCGGUGUACAUGAUGUUUUAUAUUUAUGUGUAUUUUUGGAAGCGAAUGCAGAUUCAAUGUGUAACGCGGUUAUACGCUCA